UUUAUGGAACGGAGAGAGUAGGAGUCUGCUGGAGGACACAGCGCACAGCUCCUGGCAAGGGGAGGUUUGGGGAGAGCAGAGGGAUGGACUCCAGGCUCUGGGGGCGAGGGUGGCAGCGUGAGUAGGGCAGGGACACAGCACAGCGGAGAAGCCAGCUCAAGGCAAAGCUGAGCAGAGCCAGGACAGCAGCUGGAAGUUUCUGAGCAGGCCAGGCAGAGACCUGUCCUGUGCCUGGUGCUGCAAAGCCACUUUCCAGGCCCUGGAGGUUGGCGCACACUGCCCACAGCACUCUGGACCUGGCAAAGCUCAUUUCCAUGUCGAGAGGAGGGGAGAUGGUUUAUAUCCCGGACGACUCUGACUUCAGCUCAUUCAGGGACCAGUGCGAGAGCCUGGAGGGCUGGCAUAGCCAGUACAACAAGGGUGGGGUGAUGGUGUGGAGCCAGACACCGGGGGAGAGCCGGACAGUGCAGAAAAUCAAGCUGCGCAUCGCCUGCAAGGACGUACCGGCCGCGACACUCUAUGACGUGCUGCACGACACCCACUACCGCAAGAAAUGGGACUCCAACGUCAUUGAGACCUAUGACAUUGGGCGCCUGACAGCCAAUGCCGAUGUGGGAUACUAUGCCUGGAAGUGCCCGAGCCCCUUGAAGAACAGGGAUUUUGUCACCCUGCGCUCCUGGCUGCCCCUGGGCAACGACUACAUGAUCAUCAACUACAGCGUCAAGCACCCAAAGUACCCACCACGGAAGGACUUUGUGAGGGCCGUGUCCCUGCAGACGGGCUACCUAGUCAAGGCCAAUGGCCCCCACGGCUGCACCCUCUACUACCUCACCCAGGUGGACCCCCGAGGUUCGUUACCAAAGUGGGUGGUGAACAAAAUGUCGCAGUUUGUGGCACCAAAGGCCAUGAAGAAGAUCUACAAGGCGGGGCUGAAGUACCUGGAGUGGAAGCAGAAGCACGAGCCUGGCUUUAAGCCCUGGGUGUACCCAGAGCAGAACACGCUACCCAGCAUCAGCCUGGCCGAGCUGUCCCUGCAGCACGCCGACUCCCUGGAGAACAUUGAUGAGAGUGGCCUGGCUGAGGACAGGACGAACAUCAGCGAUGAUGAGGCCUGAACGGGGCCCGCAGCUGCCCCGCGCCUGCCAGCAGGGCUGGGGAGAGGCCGUGCCCCUGCCCCUCCACUGCAUGCUCAGGGGCAUUCAGCACCCACAGGAGCCUGGCAGUGGGUUGGAGGCAUAGUUACAAAUUUGUCUCCAGUGUUCUUAGUGUGAAUGUAUUCUUCAGCAUCUUUUCAUCCUGCUCCUGGUACACAGAGCCCUCUGCUUGGGAGAGAGAACUGCCCCGACCCACCCACCUGGCACACAGAGCCCUCUGCUCGGGAGAACUGCCCCGACCCACCCACCUGGCACACAGAGCCCUCUGCUGGGGAGAGAGAGAAUUGCCCCAACCCACCCACCUGGCACACAGAGCCCUCUGCUGGGGGGAGAGAGAAAUGCCCCGACCCACCCACCUGGCAAACAGAGCCCUCUGCUCGGGGGGGAGAGAACUACCCCGACCCCCCACUUGGCACACAGAGCCCUCUGCUCAGGAGAGAGAACUACCCUGACCCACCCACCUGGCACACAGCUUUGCUCAGGAGAGAGAACAGCCCCGACCCACCCACCUGGCACACAGAGCCCUCUGCUUGGGGGAGAGAACUGCCCCGACCCACCCACCUGGCACACAGAGCCCUCUGCUCAGGGGAGAGAACAGCCCCAACCCACCCACCUGGCACACAGAGCCCUCUGCUCGGGGGAGAGAACUGCCCCGACCCACCCACCUGGCACACAGAGCCCUCUGCUGGGGGGAGAGAGAACUACCCCAGCCCCCCCACCUGGCACACAGAGCCCUCUGCUCAGGGGAGAGAACAGCCCUGACCCACCCACCUGGCACACAGAGCCCUCUGCUGGGGGGAGAGAGAACUGCCCCGACCCACCCACCUGGCACACAGAGCCCUCUGCUCGGGGGAAAAUGCCCCUACUUUGCCUGACCAAAGUAUCCCUGGGCCGCCACCCAGCCCCCCUGGGGAUGCCCUGGCCAGAGAUACAGAGCUGGCUGUGUAAGAAGGGGCCCCAGUGCAGGGGUGUUUCAGGGCCUCUCGGGGGACUGGGGAUGGCAAGGGCAGAGCAGGGAGUAGGCAUCAGCAUUCCUACUCCUGGCUAUUCCUUGGCUGCUGCAGGACGUAGUGGGGCUCUAGGCAGCUGGAUAUCCCCUGAGGGGGAUGGACUGGCCCCAGCUGCUCAGAGUAGGGCAGGCCCAAGCCGCCACCAUCUGUCCCUGUGCCAGGCUCUGCAGCAGCACAGGGAUGACUUGGGCCUGUAUUUCCCUUCUCUGCUCCCAUCCUCCCACUCAGCAGCUCACAUAGACAGGAUGGCCCCUCCCAGACCUCAGUGCUCCCAGCCCUGUGUUACUUGUUCAGCUCAGGGAUGCCUCCCCAGCCCUACCCCUGGCAACUGGCCAUCCCCUGGGAACUCAGUGGGGCUACUCCAGCCCAGCUCCAUUCUGGGGCCCUGAGAGCACAUGUGAGGGAAGGUGGGGGGGAGAGGAGGCUGGUCUGGUCUUUCCUUUGAGUCCUGGAGUUGGACCCAGAAGGGUGGCUGCUCUCCAAACCACUGGGCUCCAACCAAUGUUUCUCCCAGAGAUCCUCCUCCUGUGUUUGCUGCUGCUGCUGCUGUGAUUUCUACCAAACCAAUAAAGGAAUUGGGGUGUG